AUGUUCCGGAGGGCCUAUAAGAUUUUACCUUUUUUUAAGGCAAGAAAUGUCUUCCCUAUAAGCCGUCGGCUAUUCAGUGAUCUGUUCGAUAAAGGUGGCAGAGGAAGUGGCGGUAUCGAACCUUACCAUGUUAAAUUGUUACAAGUGAAUAAGGGCAAAGAGGCUCAGAUCCUGCAAUUAACCGCACAAAUCGAGUCCCUUGAAAUGCAAAUAAAGGCGCUUGAAAAAACAGAGUCAGCGGAGGCUCAGGCUGCCAAGGGAGAACUUAUGCUGGUCCUUAAAGAGCUUAAAGGUGCCCUCCGGAAACUAAGAAUGAAUAAAUAAUAUUCCAGUUAAA